AUCAUGGCCCGUGAAGCCGGGCGGUAGAAUUCCCUCACGCACGUUAAAUAGCCAUUGCGCCCUCGUCAAAGGCUACCGGGCCAGCCCACACUCAUUGGGCAACUGGACGAAUCCUUUGUUCGGUAUCUCGAUAUACUUUGUAGCCCGUUUAUUCCGAUAACGAUGCAUUGGAUCAAGAUCGAGGCCAUCUUGGCCCUUGCCAGCUCGGCGAUUGUGCCAGUCUGUGCGUAUGCGCCUGUGCCACGAAACUCGCUACGUGGUGAAACUCCCAUCACCGACCUGGGUAAGCUUGGUAAGAAGCUUUCAAAGGCAGCCAUGGUCUACUACCCAGGGUCGACCGAAUUCGAGCUAGCAUCAAAGCGAUGGUCUGUCCUGGAUGCCCCCACGGUGAACAUUGUCGUGGUUCCUGCUACGGAGAAUGACGUUGUUGAGACGGUCAAAUUCGCCAACGCGCAGGAUUUGCCGUUUCUCGCAUUCAAUACCGCCCACGCGGCCAUCACCACGCUGGGGAGGAUGGACCAUGGCAUCGAGAUCUAUAUGAACCUCCUGAGCAGCGUGAAAGUCGCUAAAGAUGGGAAAACGGUCAAGAUCGGCGGUGGAACCCAAUCCAAGGCUGUCACAGAUACGCUCUGGGCAGCAGGAAAACAGACAGUGACUGGAACCUGUGAGUGUGUCAGUUACAUGGGACCCGCGCUUGGGGGUGGCCACGGCUGGCUCCAAGGACAUCACGGGCUCAUUGCAGAUCAGUUCGUCUCCAUGAACAUCGUGCUGGCCGACGGCACCUUGAAGACAAUUGAUAGCAAGUCUGACCUUUGGUGGGCGAUGAAGGGCGCCGGCCACAACUUCGGCAUUGUGACUUCCAUCACCUCCAAGAUUUACGACAUUGAGCACACCGACUGGGCGAUUGAAACGCUCAUCUACAGUGCCGACAAGGUCGAGGAGGUGUACCAAGCCGCCAAUGACAACCUCCUUGGAAAGCAGCCCGAGGGAGUCAUUAACUGGUCAUACUGGGUCAACAGCCCUGAUAUGGAUCCAAACAACCCCAUCAUCCUCUUCUACAUCAUCCAAGAAGGAGUGACAGCCGUCAACUCGACCAUCACGAAGCCCUUCCACGACAUCGGACCUCUCGUCAUCCAGCCCGUUGCAGGAGACUAUCGAGAUCUUGCCAAUUGGACCGGCAUCGCCCUCGCUUCUGCGCCAUGCCAGAAGAACGGGCUCGUCAACCCCCGCUUCCCGAUCUAUCUCGAGUCAUAUGACGUUGCGGCGACAAAGCAGGCCUAUGAUCUCUUUUCAUCCGAAACAAAUGGGGACUCUCCCUUUAGCAACUCCCUGUUCAUGCUCGAGGGAUACUCGACGCAGGGCGUGAGCUCGAUCAACGCCAAGUCAAGCGCCUUCGCCUUCCGGGACGCGCACCUUCUCCUCGCCCCGCUCAUCACAUAUUCGCCCGAUGGCCCUGCCCUUGACAAGCGGGCUGCCGACCUGGGCGUGGAGCUUCGCCAGAUCUUGCACAAGGCCACGGGCAAGAAAGAGAUGGGCUCUUACGUGAACUAUGCCUUCGGUGACGAGACCCCGAAGGCAUGGUACGGGAGCGAGCAAUGGCGCCAGGACCGCCUGAAGGCCCUGAAGGGGAAGUACGAUCCGAAGGGCAAAUUUAGCUUCUUUGGACCAAUUGCUUAGGCGGAGAAACAUGUCCAGGGGCAAAUCGACCACAUGAUGGGGUCGUGAUCUAGACGACAAUGCAGGUCAGGGAUGUUAUGUACUAUGACUGGGGGACCUUGUCGUUGAGAAAACGGGUGGUUGGUAUGCGGAAACUGACUCACGACGUACGAAUUAUGCAUAGCAGCACUCUGUAAAUACAGCAUGACCAUGAAGAGCAUUAUUGUGGAGGCCAAUCGUGAGACGAAUUGCAAUGACAGACAUGUAGAGCCCAAUUGUGCAC